AUUUCAGAUCUAUGCCUGGUCCGUUGAAGUGCAUCUGUAAGCAAUACUACCUAUCUAUACACUCCUUGUAAGAUGUAAUAGCCAAACAGUCACCGACAGCGAGUGGAAAACUGAGUCAAGGGACCUCGAAACCAUGCCGCUCAGCGCAGCGCAGCCUGCUUCUCAUGUAACCCACCAUGUGAGAGAUCGUUCUCAUUGGGGGAGUUCCGCUAUGGAAAUGCUUCAACGAGGCUGCGCCGGAGUACCACCAGACAGAUAGGCACGUCGGCUCAGUAGGGAAACGGAUGUCCUCUGGAAAUUAUGCGCCACAAAAUGAUGCGGGCAGCUCCAAACUCCUGUCAGUCGAUGGAGUGACAAUUGUCCGCGAUCCCCGUUCGAAUGUUCGUUUGUGGUGGAAAAGUUGCAAGACGAACCUACCAUCCUUGGUCCGACGAAUCAUUGACUGUGGACCUAGACGCGAUACUUUGAAGUCUAACAUCCUCAAGAUGCCCUCCUCCAGCAAAAACAAACGCAAGAGAAAGGACGAGCGACGACCGGCCCAGGUUAAGAAGCCUCGACUAGAUGAUGGCACCUCACAUGAAUUGCACGCGACUUUACAAGCAGAGAGGAGUCUCCAACGGUUUCGUGCUUUCGUUCACACAAAAAUGAAACAUUCUGAUACAUUCGUCUACAUGCCCUUCAAGGAGAAUUUCGGCGAAGAUAUUCGGGUCUUGAUCAUUGAGCCAGGCACAGGAGACGACCCAAUUUGUUGCAAACUGGUUCCAAGCACUAUGACUAACAUUCCGUUCACGGCGCUUUCUUACUUCUGGGGCGAAGGUGAGCCCAUCCACGAGAUCUACGUUACAAACUACAAGACGGCCGAUGAAAAGGUCGAACAGCUUUCGCGCGAAGAGGACUUAAUUAUUUUCAUGCGGAAAAACAAGCGGUGGGAGGGUCCCAGCGGCAAAAUAUAUGUCCGAUCGAACCUUUUUGCCGCCCUUCAAAGGUUCCGACAUAGAAAAAAAGAAAUGACAAUGUGGAUAGAUGCCUUGUGCAUCGAUCAGAACGACGACGACGAGCGCUCGGCGCAAGUCAAAAAGAUGCACGAGCUGUAUCUCCACGCCAAGAACGUAUGCGUCUGGCUAGGAGAUGGGACGGGCGAAGACGCGCCCGAUCCCAAGCAUUGCUUUCAAUUCCUGCAGAAGAUGCUGGACCUGAAGAACUUGGAACGCCUGUUCAGCAGAAGCUCAGAAGCUAGCUCCGAUCUCGUCGAAGACGCCGACAAUAUCGUGAGCCUUAUGCGUAAUAAAUGGUUCAGCCGGCGGUGGGUCCUCCAAGAGCUCGCACUCGCUCGGAAUGCUGAAGUGGUGUACGGAGAAUACAGGAUGCUUUGGUCAGACUUUGCGGACGCCAUCGCAAUUUUCAUCAAGAAUCAAGAUAAAAUCAAUCCCCUUUUAUCGAAGAGAUAUAUGGAAAAUGCUGACUACUUGGCGGAUGUAGCCGCCGUUGACGGUGUGAAGAACUUAGGCGCCAACGCACUUGUAGACUUCACGAAUAAUCUUUUUCGACGGAGUGAGAAUGGGGAUAUACAGCAGCGUAUGAUGACGUUGGAAGUCCUUGUCUCAAGUUUGUUGGCAUUCGAAGCAACCAACCCGCGGGAUACGAUAUAUGCUGUCUUGUCGUUGGCCAAAGAUACCCAUAGCGAGAAUAAGAGAUACCUCGACCUUGACGAAAAGCCUUCACCGGACUACAAGAGAAAAAGUUUGCUUGAUGUAUAUGGGGAUUUCAUCGACUAUUGCAUCUCUAAAUCGCUGUCCUUGGAUAUACUCUUACGCCACUGGGCUCCUACUUUGGAAGAAGAAAGGCGCAACAAUUUGUUUUCCCAUAGCGCAAUACCCUCUGCACCCGGUGAGAUUCGCGACGCGCAGGAAGAGUUGCCAUCAUGGAUCCCGUUGAUUCAGAAGUCAUCAUACGGAACUCCUGCUCAGAGAAUCCACGGCCGGUCCAAUGGAGAUAGUUUUGUUGGGGUAUCACAUCGUACCGGCCAUAGGAAUUACAGCGCAACAUCAGACCUUAAGCCAGAGUAUAGAUUUGGCUUCAAGCCACAAGAUGCAUCGUCUGGGACCACCUUGAAAAGGGUUUUUGAUGGUCAUCUAUUCAUCAAGGGUCUUCGCAUUGGGACAGUUAAGGAGUUCGCCCAACGAGCGUCUCACGCAAUGAUCUUUAGGGAGGCCUUCCAAAUAGCGGGUUUCGAUCUUAAACGAUGGAAUGGACACAAAGAAUGGGCACUAGGAGUUCCGCGUGUUCCAGAAGGGUUCUGGCGCACGAUAGUCGCUGACCGAGGCCCAAACGGAUUAAAUCCACCAAGCUGGUAUCCUCGUGCCUGCAUGGAUUGUUUGAACCAUUUAAGACCCGGUGGUGAUCUCAGCACAAAAGACGUUAUUGCCUUGCCAAAUGCUUCUAGGAUAGUCAGGGACUUCUUAGGACGCGUUAAGGACGUCAUUUGGGAAAGGAAGUUUGCGCGAGUAAAACUCGGAGGGCCGAAAAGGGAUACAUAUGGGUUAGUGCCUGCUGAGACUCGAGAAGGGGACUUGAUCUGUGUUCUCCUUGGCGCUAGCGUGCCGGUCGUUCUGCGUAAGCAAAAAAAGGAUGGCAAACAGCAGUUCAUUAUGGUGGGUGAAUGCUUCAUCUAUGGCAUGAUGGAAGGGGAAGCCGUGUCUGGCAAGUCAUGGAAGUCCAAGGCUAAGUAUUUUGAGUUGGUGUGACGGACUGAAGUUACUCUAUCUUGACUUAGUAUCCUUCUUUGCAUCGUUACGGUGUAGUCUCGAGCCUCGAUAAGCACCAGUAAUACAUCCAUAGACAUUUCUUUGAAGAGAUCGUGUGCUCUAUCCAUUUCCUGCAUUCUGACUGCUCUCCUUGCUACUGGAUCAGGUGCAUAAGUCUGAGUAGGGCACAUGGCCCAAGGGGGCUGUUUUUCACCAGUCUUAGUCAGCGACAAAAAUGGAAUAUCAGUCAAUGAAGGAGGGUUACAGUGCAUCCUGAGGGCCGAGACAUGCUACCGGCUGAUCCGCCACUAUUAGCCCAGGCUGCACUAAAGUUCGCCCGUAUCUUACCGGG